AUGGCGCUGGGGGAAGAUGGGUACUCCGACUCCUCAGGAGACUUCUACCCAGAUCUGGAAGAAGGCGCAUUGGUAACUCAGCCCACAGGGCACAAGAUCAAAGCCCCUCCAACAGGAGAACCGUAUUGGGAGGGAGUGACAAGCAGAGGGAGGAGGCACAGAGCGAGGGAGAGAGCGAGUCAGCCACCAGAGAGGGGCACACAGCUAAGUGGAGAGACUGCUGGGUGUGUCACAGCUUCAGGGCGAGAGAGAGGAAGAGACAGGCCACUAGCACAAGGCAGGACCUGUCGCUGUCAUUGUUGGGCCAUGGGGGAUGUUAUAUCUACUCACCUGGAUGAGGGCCGGCGUAAUUAUAUCUCAGAACGUGCAGGAAAACUGCUGACAGAAUUCGGGAAGAUAUACGAGGAGCAAUAUGGAGUCGCACUUUUCAAUAGUGUGCGCUUUGAGAUUGAAGGCAACGGUGGUCCUCAGACGCAACUGCUGCAUCGAAAGAUUCCUCUAAAAGACCGGGUAAUAUUUUCUGGGAACCUCUUCCAGUACCUGGAUGACACCAAGAAAUGGAGGAACCGCUUUUGUCUUGUUCCUCAUCAUUAUGGCCCAGUGCUAUACGAGAACAAGAUUGCGUAUGAGCGCGGUCUGCAGCCAAGAGCUGGCAUUAACUGUGCUGGGUACAGAGUGCUGACAUCCUUGGAUCAAUAUGCUGAAUUGCUUAAUGCCAGUGUGCCAGGUGGAAAAGUGAAGGCAGGAAGUGGACAGAUGAAAUGUGCGACUCAGUACCCGGUGAUUCUGUGGCACCCAUAUUGCCUGCAUUAUCAGUUCUGUGUAAUGAACGAGCGGGAGCAAGAGAGGUGGAGCGCUGUUUUUCAAGACUGCGUCCGCCAUUGCAAUGAUGGCAUCCCGGAGGAACCUCGGGUGGAAUCAGCGGCAUUUACAGACUCUGUGCGACUUUACAGACAAGCACGGGAUCAGUAUGGGACUUGGGACAUGCUGUGCGGUAACCAAGUGCAGGUCCUUUGUAACCUGGUGAUGGAUGACCUCAUCCCUGAUCUCAAAAAUAUCAUCUGUCCAAAACUGAGGGGGAAACCCCAGGAGAAGCAGAGAGCUUGGCUGAUGAUUUCCGACACUGUGUAUCGUUUGGUGCACGAGCAGACAAAGCAGUUUUACGAAGCGCUGGGGAAGAAAUGCACAGAGAAGACACCAGAAAUGGAGAGCCAGAUCCGAACUGAUAUGGACCAAAUCAUUUCCUGCAAAGAACACGUAUAUAACAAGAUAAGAGCUUUUGUAUUGCCAAAGUCUGAGCUGUGUGUGAGGAAUCACGUCCAGUCGCACAUCCCAUCUAUCCUGGAAGCCCUGAUGGUACCCACUAGCCAGGGAUUUGCUGAGGUCCGAGAAACUCUUUUCAGAGAGAUCACCGACAUGAACAUGAAUCUGGUCAACGGGGGAGGAAAAGAGAAGCUUGGAGAGCAUAUGGAAAAGAUAUCCCAGCUGGCCUACCACCCAGUGAAGAUGCAGCCUUGCUACGAGAAGAUGGAUCAACUAAAUCUAGAGGGAUUGCAGCAGAGGUUUGACGUAGGAAGUCCAGCUGUCUUUAAACAAAGAGCACAGAUACUCAUGAGAGAGCAAACAGACAACGCAGUCUUCACAUUUGAACAGAUGGUACACCAGGAGCAGAACAAAUCUAAAGGCGAUGAGAACCUAUGUAAAGAUAUCCAGCGUAUUCUGGAACGUGUUCUGAAGAAAUACGACUACGACAGUAGCAGUGUUCGGAAGAAGUUCUUUCAGGAAGCGUUACUGCAGAUCAUUAUCCCAUUCCUCCUGAAGAAGCUGGCACCCACGUGUAAAUCGGAGCUGCCACGUUAUCAGGAACUCAUAUUUGAGGAGCUCUCGCGAUUUGUUCUGGUGGAGAACACUUACGAAGAGGUUGUGUUACAGACUGUGAUGAGAGAUAUUGUGCAGGCGGUUAAGGAGGCUGCCAUUCAGCGGAAACACAACUUAUACCGGGACAGUAUAGUGAUGCACAACAGCGAUCCAAACCUACACUUACUGGGGGAUGAGCCAUCGGUCGACUGGAGUGAACAGUAUGCCAAUCCUAAUGAAUCCUCAAGUGGAGGUAGACACGGAAGGGUGCGACAGGUGGUGUCUCUCAUCCAGGAAGACGAGGACCCGGAUUAUCCGGAGUCCUGCCAGGAACCACCAGCAAACGCAGUUAUCCCUGAAGAGCCAGAGCCCAGCGAUGUUACACAAAUCAGAGGUAUGCUUGUGAAAGAGUUUGAUGUGGAAGUUCCAGUUAAGGAUACUCAUGCUGAAGAAAUAUCAGAGAAACCGAUUUUGGAGGAAGAGCCUGUGCACAUUACACAGAUACAACAAGAACAGUCAAGGCCUGUUCACGAAGAGAGGUCCGAACGAGUGGAAGUUACAAAUGAAGAAAAUGUAUUACAAGGAAGAUCGAUGGCUGAGGAAUUGGCACAUAGUGACCUAAGGACAGAAAAUGAAGGGGUGACACAAACCAGCACACAGGAGAAACAUAGUACAAUAGAGGUUCAAGAAGAUAUAAUACAUGAUCACCAUGAUGGGGCAGACUAUUUGACAUCCAGUGACCAAGACGUUGCACACGAUAGACAUGAAAUGGCAGAUGAUGUGGCUUAUGAUGACCCAGAUGUUGCACAUUAUGUUCAAGAGGUGGCACGAGAAGCUGUGGCACACUACGUCCAGGAAGUUGCACGUGGAGAGCAAGAGUUGGCACAAAAAUAUAUUGUGCACGAUGAUCAAAAGUUGGUGCUAGAUCAUCCACCUCAUAAGCCUGAAGACAUAUCAGAAGACAAUUCAUCUGAAAAACCAUCCAGCACACAUCUCCCUUCAGUUCUGCCAUGUGAGAUGCCAAAGGGUGAAACAGCCAGCACGGUUAUCCCUCCAGAAACAGAGAACCAGUCUUUCCAUGCACAAGAGCUCAAGUCCACACCAGACGACAGUGGGUUUCAGUCUCCGAUGAGUGAGGAGGACGAAGAAGGAGAAAGUUAUAGGGAAAUUCCAGUGCCUGCACCACGGAAAAGAGAUGAAAUAAUCACUCCAUUCUGAACUCCUCAAACCUGAGACUGGUUCACAGUUGGAGACAAGGGGUGGAGGAGCAUAUAAUGAACUCCUGUGGAGGGCACAAGCACAGCUAGACUCUCCAUCCCUUGGCACAAAACUAUUUAAAUGCUUUGAGCUCUGCUAGACUUUUCUGCUACGACAGGGCUGAAAACGUGUGAACGCUGCACACAUUCCUUACUGUUGAAUAUUUACAACAUUCCACACUGCUUUGCAGAAACAUUCCCAGGGUUAUUUCCUAAAGUUUAAAUUGUCUGGAAUCCAAAGCAAAUAUAAAAAUUUAGGCCAGAAUACUUGAAAUAAAAAUAAAAAAUAAGGAAAUCUAUUUAAUCUAUUUUGGCUUAUAAAAUUAAAAUUCAACGAAUACCAGACAAUUCCCACUUUAGUGAGUAACCCUUUCUACGUCAGAUCAGACCCACGGUCACCACAUAUCAAUCAAUCAUGAGCAAGUUUUGCUCUCGACAUCUAAUUUAUCCAAUCUCUGUAUCUGGCUAAAGCUAGUGCUUCCAGUUUGACGAGCACAGUCUGUCAGUUUGCUUAGCUUAUAUACCAUUAGUCAUCUCCCGUUACUGCCACCUACCCUUUAAGAUGUGUCACUGCACAAGUAUUCUGUUCCUGCUGUCCCUCACCUGUAUAUCACACCCAGUCUACAGUAGGUGCAUAAAACAGAAAAGAAAAAAACACUAACCAAAACAUACACUAGCAUCACAAUAUGUUUGAUU